AUGAAAAACUCUCUUUUCAUCAGUUUUCUUACAGAUUUCAAACUAUUAGAAAGUGGACAGGGUCAGGAGCACGGACCAGUGUUCCUGAUGGAGCCACCAUCUCGGCUGGUGUUCUCAAACAGUACCGGUGCAAGAGUGUCGUGCGCCGCGCACGGAGCACCUGCACCACAAUUGGCAUGGCAGCUACCUGAUGGGACUCAGCUGGACGACGCACCUGGUCUAAGACAAGUGCUCGACAACGGAACACUGGUGUUCCUGCCAUUCGCAGCGGUCCAAUAUCGCCAAGAUGUCCACAGCACCGUGUACAGGUGUCGUGCUCACAAUACCCACGGCGCGAUCAUAUCCAGGGAUAUGCGGACACAAGCCGUGGUGUGGCAGGACUGGCAAGUCCACGUUACAUCGACUUCAGCAGAAGUAGGCGGUCCAGCGCUUCUAACUUGCGUAGCGCCGUCAGCGGUUCGAGACCACGCAUCGGUAGCCGCGUGGUACCGAGACGAUGCGGUGCUGGCCCCAGGCGACCACCUCUCUGGCCCCACCCUGUUAGUGGAUGAAGGCUGGAGACUGGUUGUACGUUCUGUUCGCGUGGACGACUCCCGCGCGCAGUACUCCUGCUCCGUCCUCGACUCUCUGACAGGAGAGAGAAGAAGAAGUACUCCCGUCAACAUAGACGUCGCUCCUAUGAGCGUUGCGUCCGCACCACGCUCGAUAUACCACGGGACGUGGGAAGCGCACGUGCGGCGCGGAGGCGACGUGAUAUUGCCGUGUCUCGUCCACGCCAACCCUUCGGCAACGAUCACAUGGUACCGUGAAACACCAGGUGGUGCCCUUCGCGAAGUACGAGAGGGAGAGUCGAGUGGAAGGUACAGCAUGUCAGCGGACGCGCUCGGCAUCCGGCGCGCUGAACAAGCUGACGACGGACGCUGGGCAUGCAGAGCCGCGAACACUCACGGUCAUAUCACACUACGCUUGCAUUUGUCUUUACGUGCGCAUCUAACCGUUCACGUACAGCCACAUACGCAGGUGGUGAACAGCGGUGGAACAGCUACAAUAAACUGCAGUUGGAGCGGCUGGCCCGCACCGAGGCUUGAGUGGUUGCACAACGGGGUCCCCAUCAGCGCUGGCGUUGCGGGGGGCCGGCUGCGAGUGCUGAACAGCGGCGAGCAGCUCGUCAUACCCUCCGUCCACAGAGCUGACAAAGGCGCUUAUCAAUGUAUGGCUAGGAAUGAACGGGACUCGGCACAAUCCAGCGCUGAACUCAGGCUAGGAGACACUGCACCCGAACUUCAGUACACGUUCAUCGAGCAAGUACUGCGACCUGGUCAAGUGGUGACGCUCAAGUGCUCAGCCGCCGGUUCUCCACCACCACAUUUCACUUGGAUGCUGGAUGGCCAGCCGCUAAAUACAAUGAGUAGAGGACACAGAUACAGCGUCGAACAAUUUGCUACUAAAAACAACGACGUUGUGAGCUACCUUAACAUCUCUUCUGUCCGGUCAGAAGAUGGAGGCCUGUAUACGUGUAAAGCUGCAAAUUCUUUAGGGGAAAUAUCUCACACAUCGAGACUUAACAUUUACGGUCCGCCAUACGUGAGAUCGAUUGGUCCCAUUAGAGCGGUAGCGGGUCGGGAGCUCGUAUUGUAUUGCCCCUACUCAGGCUAUCCAAUCAGUUCUGUAAAAUGGGAGAGAGACGGCAGUCAAGUAGAAUGGGAUGGAAACAUAGAAGGUGCCCUAAGAUUAACUAGGGUGGAGUCUUCUCACGCUGGAGCUUAUACGUGUGCCGUAACUGGACCCCAUGGAGAGAUAGCCAGAAGGGAGCUGCAACUCGUCGUUAGCAAUCCACCAGAAAUAGAACCUUUUUCCUUCUCUGCAAAUUUGCAAGAAGGAAAGCGGGCUCAAGUGAGUUGUAGCGUCACAUCCGGCGACAUGCCGGUACAUUUCACCUGGCUCAAAGACAAUGCACCUAUACCUUCUAGUCUACAGGUGGAAGAGCGGGGGGCUGAUUUUUUCAGCAAUCUAGUGUUCAAAGAAGUAUCGGCCCGUCACAGCGGCCUAUACACUUGCGUGGCCUCCAAUACGGCUGCCAAGGUUAAUUAUACCGCAGAGCUGGUAGUGAAAGUAUCACCUAAAUGGGUGAUGGAACCCAAAGAUGAAGCGGUACUAGCCGGUGAAGCAGUCGCACUGCACUGCCAGACAACCGGAUCGCCGACACCGCAGAUCACUUGGUUGAAGCAAAGAGUAGGAUCACCGUCAGAUUUCAUCCCGCUGGUGAACCUGGGCGGCCGCUUCCAGUUCUUGUCCAACGGGACCCUGUGGAUCGAGUCCGCGCUGCCGUACGACGAAGGCCACUACAUGUGCCGAUCGGAGAACGGCGUUGGCUCUCCUCUCACAAAAACUAUUUUUGUCGCUAUCAAUGAGCCAGCCCGGUUCGAACUGACAUCGCACAACGUGUCAGCGCGACGAGACGCGCCGGCGACGCUCACUUGCGAGGCUCGCGGCGACGCACCCCUUCGACUCACUUGGUCCCGGGGUCCACGCCCGCUUGACCUCUCAACCUAUAGGCUAAGUAUAUCCGAAGCAAAGACUGAUAGUGGUUUAAGGUCUCAGUUGUACAUCAGUAGAACCGACAGACAGGACUCUGGUGUCUACAAGUGCCAAGCCGUCAACGCGUUUGGUCAUAGCGACCAUUAUAUUUAUCUUUCCGUCCAAGAAAAACCAGAAACGCCCCAGUCGCUGUCGGUGACGGAGAUCAUGAGCCGCGCGGUGCGGCUGUCAUGGAGCCAGGGCUUCGACGGCAACUCGCCGCUGCAGGCCUACACCGUGCAGCACUGCGCGCUCUCCGUGCGCGCCUCGCACUGGGACUCCGCCGACACCUUCAACGUCUCCGUCCACGCGCCGCACGUGCCGCACUCACACGUCACACUAACCAAAAAAGGAGAUGUCCAUUAUGAGGCUUUGGUGAGCAACCUGAAACCUCACACGGCCUACAUGAUUCGCAUCGCCGCCAUCAACGAGAUAGACCGCAGCGCUUUCACUGAGCCUGUCGUGGUGAAGACUCAAGAAGAAGCGCCGUCGGAGGCGCCGAGCAACGUGCAGGUGUCGGCGGGCGCGCCGGGCGAGCUGCACGUGUCGUGGCGGCCGCCGGCGCGCGCCGCCUGGCACGGCGAGCUGCUGGGCUACUCCGUCACCUGCACCGAGCUGGGCGCCGCCGCCACUGACGGCCACGAGGCGCCCGGGAACAACGCCUCCAGAACCCUAACUGUAAAUGGGUGGUCGGCAACUGAGCUAAGUCUCUCGGCGCUAAAAAAGUUCACCCGCUACGAAGUGCGCGUGCGCGCGUUCAACGGCGUAGCGGCCGGGCCGGCCUCCCCCGCGGUCACGGCCACUACGCUGGAAGGAGUUCCAGAGUCCCAUCCAACAAGAGUAACGUGCUCAGCACUCUCGUCCUCCAGCGUAAAGGUGACCUGGAGCCCGCCGCCUGCUGACCAACGCGGCGGCAUCAUCCAGGGUUACAAAGUCAUCUACACACCUCUAACUAUUAACCACGCCGACGUAGCCGAGAUCAAACGAGUCACGACAACUGACACGUACCUGCACACGCUGCACAAGUACACCAACUACUCCAUCCAAGUCCUAGCCUUCACUGGAGCCGGCGACGGCAAAAGAAGUCCUCCCGUGUACUGCAUGACUGAAGAAGACGUGCCUUCGGCUCCGGAGAAAAUAAAGGCUCUCGCGUACUCCAGCGACUCUGUGCUCGUGAGCUGGCUGCCCCCUGUCCAUCCCAAUGGCAUCAUAUCCCACUACACCGUGUACUACAGGGAAGCGGGACGGUUAGGAAAACACUCAAGCUUCACAGUCUCGGCGGAUAAGAACCCUGAAGUGGAGCUGAUGUUCCAAGUGCGCAACCUCAUGGAGAACCAGUUGUACGAGUUCUGGGUGUCGGCAACCACCGGUUCCGGUGAAGGCGAAUCCACGCACGUGGUCGGACAAGGACCUAGUUCACGAAUACCUGCGCGAAUCGCAUCAUUUGGCGGCUUGCGCGCGGUUCGUGCGGGACGUGCCGUGCUGCUGGCAUGCGCCUGUGUAGGCGCACCCACACCGCGCUCACGCUGGGCGCACGCGCGCGCUCCUGUAACGCACCACGCGUAUUACCAAGUCACGCGCGCCGGACACCUGCACAUACGCGAGGUGAAUGAACAAUCGUCUGGCAACUUCACGUGCACGGCCAGCAACAGCAUUGGCGAAGAUUCGAUAGUGUACGUGGUGAUCGCGAUCACUCCCCCCGCCGCGCCCACGCUUUCCCUGCAGUACACCACCACCAGCAGUAUCAAGCUGCACUGGCGACUGCCCAAUGACAACUCCGAGCCUGUACUUGGUUACCUCCUGCAUUUCAAACAAGCAUCAGAAACAGAGUGGCAAAGCGUUGAACUGUCGCCCGAACUGAACUCUUACACAAUGGACAUGUUGAAGUGCGGAACCACGUACAACGCAAAGAUCCAAGCUCAAAACAAAAUCUCCUUGGGACCGCCCAGUGAAAUCCUUACAGCUACGACAAGGGGAGGCCGUCCAAAACCACCAAAGCCGGAGGAGCACGUCCACAUGAAUUCAACAGCGAUCAAAAUCAAUUUCUACGCGUGGCGCGACGGCGGGUGUCCCAUACUCGGCUUUCGUGUCGAAUACAGACGCGUUGGCGAGGAACAUUGGAUCAAGGUGGGUGAAGCAUUGAGCGCAGCGAACCACGUCAUAGGCUCGUUGUCGUCGGGCACGUGGUACGAACUGAUGAUCGAGGCGCGGAGUGACGCCGGGCCUGAACGCGUUAUUCUGCUUGCAGAUACCCAUACUCUUGCGGGGGGUCGCGUGGCGCGGCCUGCGGCCGGGCCGCCGGCGGCGAGCGGCGCGCGCUCGUCGCUGCGCGCGGUGCUGGUGUGGUGCGCGGCCAGCGCGCUCGUCGUGGCCGCCGCGCUCGCCGCCGUGCUGUGUCUGCUGCACGGCAAGCGCAAGUUCUUCUGCCUAUCAAGCGACCACUACAUGCGCGACGACCGAAAGUUAAGCGAAAGUAACGAGGCGGAGAGAGAGAAGCUCAGAGAAGGACAGAAAUUGUAUUCUUCUUCGUCCAUAAAUGGAAACGAUAAGUCCAACGACGACUCCUCAGCGGAACUGUACGAGAUCAGUCCGUACGCGACGUUCGGCGCGCCGGCGGCGCACUCGCUGCAGUUCCGCACGCUGGCGCGCCGCGAGGACGACGCCGCGCCGCCGCACCGCCGCCGCCGCCGCUGCGACCACUACCGAUACGACGAGUCGAGCCUGUCGAAGCGGUCGACGGUGGAGGCGCGGCACCGCAUGCGAGCGGCGCGCGCGGGGGGCACGGGCGGUGCGGGAGGCGCGGGGGGCGCGGGCGCGGCGCCGCCCUGGCGCGAGCGCUCCGACUCCGACGACUACAGCGACAGCGCCGCCAACACAACCACUAAAGGGUCGGGCAGCGGCGGCGGCAGCGCGUACGGCAGCGGGCGGCGCACCGCCAGCAGCGGAGGGCAGAAUGGGAGCGACGGCCUCUCGGGAAGCUUCGCUCCUGUUCCCCCCGAUAUAUCUUCUUUAAUAGACAAAUACCAGCAAAGGAAAGAGCAAGAAAGACGAGAGUGCACGAUCCACGUAUAA